AUGGCGCCCGCUGCCACUGAAUCCGAAACCGUCGACCAGACGGUCCUGACCCUCCGCAAAGUCCUCGUCUCCGAAUCAGAGCCUCUUGCUCGCCGUUUCCGAGCCCUCUUCUCCCUCAAGCACGUCGCUUGCCUCCAGCCUCCUACCGAGCAAACCCUCCCCGCUAUCCAAGCGAUCGCCGCCGGUUUCGCAUCAAAAUCCGCACUGUUGAAGCACGAACUGGCCUACUGCCUUGGCCAGACUCUCAACCGCGAUUCGGUCUCGUACCUGCAGCAUGUUGUCAAGGAUGUCGAGGAGGAUGCGAUGUGCCGUCACGAAGCCGCCGAGGCUCUCGGCGCCCUUGGCUACGAUGAUAGUCUGGACCUUCUGAAGAAGCUGCGCGACGAUGAGAAUGAAUUGGAGAUUAUCCGGGAGACUUGCGAUAUUGCUGUUGACCGUAUUGUCUGGGAGAACUCCGAGGAGCGCAAGGCUGAGAAGUUGAAGCCCAGCGAUUUCACCUCCAUCGACCCUGCUCCUCCAAUGCCCCUCCAAGCCAAUGAGCCCUGUAUCCCCGAGCUGGAGAAGACCCUCCUCGACACCAAACUCCCUCUCUUCCAAAGAUACCGCGCGAUGUUCGGUCUCCGCGAUCUCGCUUCUCCCCCCGACCUUCCCACCGCCGUCGACGCCAUCAAUGCGCUUGCCAAGGGCCUGAAUGACCCCUCUGCUUUGUUCCGCCACGAGAUCGCCUUUGUCUUCGGCCAACUCUGCCACCCUGCCUCCAUUCCUUGCCUGACCACCUGCUUGAGCAAUACCAAGGAGGAAGGUAUGGUGCGCCACGAGGCUGCCGAAGCUCUGGGCAGUCUGGGUGACGAGGAGGGUGUCGAGGAUACGCUGAAGAAGUUCUUGAAUGACCCGGAGCAGGUCGUGCGUGAUAGUGUGAUUGUGGCUCUGGACAUGGCUGAGUUUGAGAAGAAUGGUGAAGUUGAAUAUGCUUUGAUUCCGGAGGGAGCUGCUGCCGCUGCGGCAUGA